CCACCUCCCCGGCACAUAAUGGGAAGAUGUGCUGUUGUUAUGCUGCUCAUAGUUGGGCUAACGGUGGUCGGUGCUGGAUGGCGCAUCAUUAAUCAACCAAAAGUUAUUUGAAGGAAGUUAAAGGCUGACUUACCCGGUGUGAGAAACCAAUAAACCAAGAGUGAAACGAUGGCGGACCUGGGGAGUCUGACCAGCGGACAAAACGCCGCCCUGCUUGUUUUCGCCUUCCUGCAAGCUGACUGCAGAAGUUCAGAGUAUGAGGAGGAGCUUUUCUCCCUGGGAAAGGACCUACAUCUCACCCGGGACAUCAACUUCAAUGGCCCCAGGAAAGACGUCCUGGACGACGAAGACCUUGAAACUGAUGGCCACCAGUGUAGCUGCAUCGCACCUGCUAUACAUGAUAUUCAGCCUUCACCUGAGCUGCAGUGGCCCAGAAACGAGGCAGAGGCAGCAGCCAUUCAGCAGGUUGCAGAAGGGCUGAGAGAAAUUGCUGACCAGAUUGAGCACAAUGUCGUGGCUCAGGCUACCCAGAACCUGAGCAAGAACAUAUCUACCUCCCCUUCUGAGCAGUGGAAGGACCACCUUACCCAGGAGGUGGGGAGGGUGAUGAGGCAGGGCGUAGGUCUGGAGCAUCUACCCCAGGAGCGAGUCAUGAUGGCUCUCACACUCACCCUGGUGAAGGGAGUGUGCGAGCAGGCCCCACGGCUGCUGAGAACGCUUUUCAACACCGCGCUGCAGUAUGUCAGCUCUGGGAGGGCCAGGUGACUUCAGAGCUGCAGGCUGAGAGGAAAUAACUAAGAAAUCUGUGGUGGAAGACAGCUAAAUCUGAAACUGGCAUCUGCUCCUCAUCACCAGUCGAGUGUGAAAGGAGACACGUCCACCACACAGUAGUAAAAACACUUUUCUGACGAAGGAAAGUGAUGAUUAAGUAUGAGUUUACAGUUGUGUAUUGAAAACAUGAAAUUGAAGUUUGAAUUUGACAAUUGAAAUCUUUCGUCAUACUGCCUACGUUUACUCUUGCUUAAAAAUGUAUCGUUUCAUUUUAUACUUGAAAUACUUGAUUAUUUUUGUACUCAAUUAUUUUGCUUUUCACAUAUACAUGUACGGCUAUGAUAUAAUGUGAUUUGAUUAAAUACGUUUCUCCUGGGA